AGUUGCCACCCCUGUGGAUGUUUUUGAGCCUCCAUCCAAAAAAUCGAUUAUCUUUUCUGCCAGGACUGCAAGCCCAUACAGCUGGAAGUAGAAGGGUUCAGGCAAAACUUAUUUAAAUUUUUCUUCGAAGUUUGGUGAUUAUUUUUUGUUUGUGAAGGUUUCUGCCGAAUUCUUCAGGAUGGGGAUCGAAAUCCCCAUGAUCGUGGUCACCCUGUUUUGGGCUGCUAUUGGCAUCCUGGGCCCCUUUCUGGUUCCGAAAAAUACGGACAGAGGGCUUAUACGAACGAUGCUUGCGCUGACGGCGGUCUGCUGCUACACUUUCUGGUUAGUGGCAUAUUUAUGUCAGUUGAAUCCACUGUUUGGACCAAGAUUGCCUGCAAAGGUUAUCAUUGCCAUGCAGCGCGAAUGGAGUUGAACGAUCUGACAUGCCACAUGCGUUAUUAAAGAUUUGACACCCGACGCGUUCGUUGCGUGAACUUGAAGCGUUUUAUUCUGUGAAUGUUUGAGUUGCUUAUAUAUGGUCAAGAUUUAAUGUUUGGCUGUGUCUUUUAAGUUAUUUUAAUUUGCUGGAAAUGGAGGCUUUACCUUAGUUCGUUAAAUAGAAUGUUCUAGCUCUUGAAAAUGGCGAUUUAUGCAAAUUACAUUCCCAAUUUUUCUGAAUCGCUUGCGUAUCCAGAAUCGCUUGCGUAUCCAAGUAUUUCGAAUGGACUCCCGACUGCUUGAGUCUAAUAUAAAUACUGUUAAGUCUUAUAAAAUUAAUGGUAAUCC